AUGUCCGACUACGGCGGCGACGACGGCCCUGAAUACGACGAGCCCACCUUCGACGAGCCAGAAGAAGACCCCUACGCCUACGACGAGCCCGACGCCGAAGACCCCGACGACCACGGCGCCGCGGGCGCUGAAGACCCAACCUCCCAAGCCGCGCCGGGCGAGCAGAACGUCGUAGUCGCCGGGGACCCCAGCGCGGCUGCUGCGGCAAGAGCGAACAAGAAUACGGUCAAGGGCCUCAGGGAGAAGAGGAUACCGAGGGAGAAGCGGACCACGACGCCGUACAUGACCAAGUAUGAGCGUGCGCGGGUGCUGGGGACGCGGGCGCUGCAGAUCAGCAUGAAUGCGCCGGUGCUGGUGGAUUUGGAGGGCGAGACGGACCCACUGCAGAUUGCUAUCAAGGAGCUGCGUGAGAAGAAGAUUCCCCUUGUUAUCAGGCGCUAUAUGCCGGAUGGGUGGUGA